UGUUGAUGGCAGCACGUUAGCUUAGCAUAGUGCUAAAGGACGGCAGUAGUGCCAUGACUCACAGAUGAGUGUGCGAUGAUUGAUGACUGUCAUAUGGUCUGCCAGAAUCUUCCCUUUACACCUUUUAGCCAACGCUAUGCUAAAUUGGCUCCUGGCGAAAUGUAGACUAGAGCCACAUUAGCAUAAAGGGAAAUAGUAGAUGCUGCUUCCUUAUGUCUCUUACACACAUCCAUUUUAGGAGUCUCUGUUUUUUUUCUUUGUUUUUUUUUGGAGUGCAGAUGAGUAGAGAAAUUGUUAAAUGGGAAAUGACACCACAUUCAAAGCACUUCUUCAACUUUGUCACAGCCAUGUCUAUUUUAUUCGUCUCUAUACCUCUUCUCUGUCUUAACAUGUUCUCACUGCCUUAUCUCUGUCUAAUGUAUCUCGCUACCUGGUCUUUCACAAGAGUCUCGCUAGCUUUUCUCCAUCUUUUCAUUUCUCGCCACCUUCUCUGUCUUUGUCUCGCUACCUUCUCUGUUUUUAGUUUUUCCUCGCUACCCUCUCCAUCUUCAUUGUGUAUCGCUAGCUUCUUUCCGUCUUUGUUUUGCGAUCAUCUGUCUUUAAUUUCCUUGCUACCUUGACUCCAUCUCUAAUGUAGCUCACUAGCUUAUCUCUAUCCUUUUCUCUAUAACGUCUUUCAUUUUUCUCUCUACCUUCUCUCAUCUCUAAUGCGUCUCGCUAGCGAAUCCAUCUUUAAUUUUUCUUGCUAGCUUCUUUGUGUUGCUACCUUCUCUCUGUCUUUAAUUUGUUUUGCUACCUUCUCAAUAUCAAAUCCAUAUUGCUAGCUUCUCCAUCUUUAAUUUUUCUCUCUCCCUUCUGUGUUUCUUGCUAGCUUCUUUAUCUCAGUACCUUCUCUCGGUCGUCAAUUUUUUUUGCUACCUUCUCUCCAUCUCAAAUGUGUCUCGCGAGUUUCCCCCGUCUUGGUCUUGCUACUUUGUCUUGAUUUUUUUCUCACUAACUUCUGUCCAUCCAAAGCGUCUGGCUCUUUGUAGCUAUAUAUUCUCUGCCUCUAAUUUUUCUCGCUACCUUCUCUGUGUUUCUGUCUCGCUACGUUCUUGCUGUCUUUAAUUUUUCCCUCGACCCUUUCCAUCUUGACUGAAUCUCGCCAGCUUGUCUUCAUCAUGAAAUGUCCUUGCUAACUUCUUUGUCUCGCGACCUUUUCUGUCUUUAAUUUGGUUUGCUACAUUCUCCAUCUCAAUUAAAUUUUUUCUCAUUACCUUCUGUGAUUCUCGUGAGCUUAUUUUUCUCUCCACUUCAAAUGUGUCACACUAGCUUCCCUUGUGCUUGUCUUGCUACCUUCUAUUUUUUUCCUCACUGACUUCUGUCCAUCCUUCACGUGGCUCGCUGUCUUCUCACCGUCUUUGUCGCUAUACCUUCUCUGUCUCAAAUUUUUUACGCUACCUUCUCUCCGUCUCUGUGUUUCACGAGCUUCUCUGUCUUGGUCUCGCUACAUUUUUUCCAUCUCACUACCUUCUGUCUUUAAUUUGUGUCCUGUGUCCAAUAUCUCAUUCUCUUUCUCUCUUUACCUGAAUUCUUGUAAGUGCUGUUUUAAUUCCACCUAGGACUACAAUUGGUCAUUUUCCUACACUUAAUUUCUGCUAUUUGGGACACACUCAAACUUUGCCUUUGCCGUUUGAUUUACCACCAAGCACGAAUGUCUUUGAAGUCCCCAACUCCCCAUUUACGAGCCUGAAAAAAGAAAAGACACACACACACACACACACACACACACACACACACACAAAACCGCAGUUGGCGGUAAAUCCAUACCGGACACAUGCGCCGCAUAUCAACCAAAAAAGUGUGUCAUUGACAGACAAAAAAAACGACAGGGCGAUGAUGUCACCGCAAGCAGCCAACCAGUGCGCUCGUGCACGUGAACGCGCUCCCUCUUGCUCUCUCAUCCGUCUUCCUCCCCAUCAUCUUCAUCAUCAUCAUCUUUUUCCCGCCGCAGGAGGAGGAGGAAGAAAAGGAGCAUGGGGGGAGAGCAGCCCGCAACACGUCGUCACGGAAAUGUAAUAUUCAUCUUUUUGUUUUUAUGAGACACAUUGGAGACAUGGAGGCAACAGACGGGUGCGAAUUUUAGGAAAUAGGACAAGAAGAAGAAAAGAAAGUGGAAGGGAACGGAUCACAGCCGUACCGAAAGAACAGAGGACAUUGCCGCAUACACACUGGGAGAAGAUGCCGUUCCAUCAUGUGACGGCAGGCCUGCUGUACAAAGGCAACUACCUGAGCCGCUCGCUCUCGGACACCGACAGCGACGUGUUGGCCAGUAUCUCUGUGGAGGAACUCCAUGAGAUCCGGGAGGCCUUCAAGGUUCUGGAUCGUGAUGGGAACGGUUUCAUCUCAAAGCAGGAGCUGGGAAUGGCCAUGCGCUCGCUGGGAUACAUGCCCAGCGAGGUGGAGCUCGCCAUCAUUAUGCAGCGGCUCGACAUGGAUGGCGACGGCCAGGUGGACUUUGAGGAGUUCAUGACCAUCCUGGGACCAAAACUUCUCUCUUCUGAAACCAGAGAAGGUUUCCUGGGAAGCACCAUCGACACCAUCUUCUGGCAGUUCGAUAUGCAGAGGAUCACGCUGGAGGAGCUGAAGCACGUCCUCUUCUACGCCUUCCGAGACCACCUGACCAUGAAGGACAUUGAGAACAUCAUCAUCAACGAGGAAGAGAGCCUCAAGGAGAAUGCAGGAAACUGUCAGACCGAAUUUGAAGGAGUGCACCCGUCCAAGAAGAACCGUCAGACGUGUGUGAGGAAGAGCCUGAUCUGCGCCUUCGCCAUGGCGUUCAUCAUCAGCGUUAUGCUGAUCGCAGCCAAUCAGAUGCUGAGGAACGGCAUGGAGUAGCCAGGCCCACUGUGACAUACACACACACACACACACUCUCCCACACACAUAUUCCGUUUUUUUGCUCGCGCUCCACCCCUUUACUCCGACAGCAGGGACUCUCAAGGGCUGCCGUUACCCACAAUCCUCCUCUGUCCUCUUCUGAUGAUGCAAUAACUCGGCGCCGGCGGCAGGAAGGAGCGCUUGAAAUUUUGUUUGUGCAGACGAACCCCAUGUUCGGGAAGGACCGCUUGAUUCCGGAGCCGCAGAACGUGGCCGGAAGGUCCAAGUGGACAGCAUCAAGAUGCGUGUGGAGGGAGAGAACGCGUCCAACCUGGAAACCUCACACAAGUAUGGCGAACACACGUUCUGGCUGCCGCACGGAAUGCUGGGAUUUCUUUUUUUUUUUUUGAAAUAUCAUCUGUCAGUUUGGACUUAAGAUCCUCCGAGUGGGGAAUCAAACAAGGAUUCCUUUAAGUCAAAGACACCGAACACCUAAACGUCCUGGGUUCUUGUAUUCUUCCAUUGUCCUCCUCCUGACCUUGGCCUCCUCCUCCACUGUUGUCCCUUCACCUUCUUCUUUUUCAUCCCUCUCCCUCUUUCUCCUCUCAUCAUUUCUUUUCCUCCUGCCUCCUCCUUGUUUCUCUUCCUCUCAUCCUUUUUCAUCUUUCUCCCGCAUCCUCCUUCGUCCUCCUCCUUCUUCUCUGUCCUUUCCCC